CCCGGAGCCCGGGCGGAGGCUGGAGGUGCCGCGGCGGCCCGGGGCAGCGACUCGCCCGAAACUUGCGCGCGGUGCCGGGUUCCCCGAGGAUGGGGAGGCGCGGCCGUUGCCCCGCGCUGUCGCCGUCGUCGUCGCUGCCGCCGCUGCCGCUGCUGCUGCUGCUGCUGCUGGCGUGGGGGGGACCCCGCGCCGGCGCCGCCCCGCGCGCCGCUCUCUACUCGCCCGGCGACCCCCUGACGCUGCUGCAGGCGAGCUCGGUGCGCGGCGCGGUGCUCGGUUCCCGGAGCGCCUGGGCCGUGGAGUUCUUCGCCUCCUGGUGUGGUCACUGCAUCGCCUUCGCCCCGACCUGGAAGGCGCUGGCCAACGAUGUCAAAGGCUGGCGGCCGGCGCUGAACCUCGCAGCUCUCGACUGCGCCGACGAGACCAACAGUGACGUCUGUCGCAGCUUUAACAUCCCCGGCUUCCCGACGGUCCGGUUCUUCAAGGCCUUCACCAAGGAAGGUUCCGGAACAACACUGCCAGUGGGGGGCGCGGACGUACAGACCCUGCGGGAGAGACUCAUCGACGCACUGGAGUCCCACACGGACACCUGGCCCUCCGCCUGUCCCCCGCUGGGGCCCACCAGGCUACCGGAAAUCGACAACUUCUUCGCCCGCAACAACCAGGAGUACCUGGCCGUGAUCUUUGAAAAGGAGGGAUCCUACCUGGGCAGAGAGGUCAUCCUGGACCUGUCGCAGCACCCCGGCUUGGCCGUGCGCCGGGUGCUCAGCACCGAGACCGACGCCGUGGGCAGGUUCGGGGUCACCGACUUCCCGUCGUGCUACCUGCUCUUCCGGAACGGCUCCGUGUCGCGGGUCCCCGUGCUGGUGGAGUCCAGAUCCUUCUACACCAACUACCUGCAGAGGUUCUCCGGGGGGCCCCGGCUGGCGCCCACCACCGUGGCCCCCGCCACGCCGGGCACUGUGGCCCCCACAGUGUGGAAAGUCAUAGACCGCUCCAAGAUCUACAUGGCGGACCUGGAAUCAGCACUCCACUACAUUCUGCGCGUGGAAGUGGGCAAAUUCUCCGUCCUGGAGGGGGAGCGCCUGGCAGCCCUCAAACAAUUUGUGGCGGUGCUGGCUCAGUACUUCCCGGGCCAGCCCAUGGUCCAGAACUUCCUGCACUCCACCCACGACUGGCUCAGACGGCAGCAGAGGCCGAAGAUCCCUUACAGCUCCUUUAAGGCGGCUCUGGACGGCAGGAGGGAGGGCGCCGUGAUCACCAAGAAGGUGUCCUGGGUGGGCUGCCAGGGCAGCGAGCCACACCUGCGUGGCUUCCCCUGCUCCCUCUGGCUCCUGUUCCACUUCCUGACGGUGCAGGCCGCGCGGCCUGAGCUGGAGCGCUCCCAGGAACCCGCCAAGGCCCAGGAGGUGCUGCAGGCCAUCCGCGCCUACGUGCGCUUCUUCUUCGGCUGCCGGGAGUGCGCCAACCACUUCGAGCAGAUGGCGGCCGCCUCCAUGCACAAGGUGGACAGCCGCGACGCCGCCGUGCUCUGGCUCUGGUCAGGGCACAACCGCGUGAACACGCGCCUUGCAGGUGCCCCCAGCGAGGACCCCUACUUCCCCAAGGUGCAGUGGCCGCCCCGGGAGCUGUGUGCAGCCUGCCACAACGAGCUCCAAGGUGACAUGCCCGUGUGGGACCUCACCGACACGCUCCGCUUCCUCAAGACCCACUUCUCCUGGGCCAACCUGGUGCUGGGCCACCCGGGCACCGGGCCCCGCGGCAGUGGUCUGCAGUGGAUGGCAGCGGCCCCCAGCGCCACCGAACUGCCACCCGCCAACUCCACCCGGGUCCUGGGGCCAGCAGAGAUCACGGCCCUCCUGGAGCUGCUGGCUGAGAUGGGGCCCGAACCCCCAGUGGCCACCCAGCCGGAGACAGCGACCCUCGUGCACCCCACGGAACCCCCGGAGGAGAAACCCGGGGUGUCCCGCGGGCUCCGGCACUUGAGCAAGCGAGACACGGGGGUCGCGGGGCUGGGCCCCGUCCCCCACGGGCACCCCGCGGCCGCGCCCCAGCGGGGCGGCGGUCAGUGGCUGCAGUUACUCGAGGGAAACUGGUCCCAUCUGGAUGUCAGCCUCUGCGUGGUCCUAUACUCUGUGUCCUUCCUGGGCCUGCUGGUCAUGUACACCUACUUCCGGGUCAGGAUGAGGUCCCUGAAGGGCCUGGCUGGCCACCCCCUGGCCUGAGUGCCCUCCCCGGAAGCCACCAUCCACGUCUACAUCCGAUCUCGUGUGCCCCCAAUGCACUCCCCAUCACCCUCUCUCUCCCUGACUUUGCCCCUUGUUCAGAAAGUUCUGGAAUAUUGUUCGCACCUCCCGCCUUCUGCAAAGUGGGCGUGUCCCAUAGACGCUGGGGUGGGCUGGGGGGGUCCAGUCCUGUCUCUCCCUGGCCUGAGUUGUUGGUGGGGGGACACACAGCCUUGGGCCGUGGGAUGCAGGGGUGAGGCCCGGCUCUCAGCAUCCGAUCCCCCACUUGGCCCUAAGGGCAACAUGGGAGACAGAUUUGAGGGUCCCGGGGGCUGGCGCAGGAGACCCCCUGGCAAGUUAGGGCUCUGUCCAUCCCAGCCCUCCAGACAAGCGGACACUGUGGUGCCAGAGAAGGUGACACCCCUCAUUCCAACCCCAGAUCUCUCAUUCUUCUCCACCGGAAACUUGGCUUCCGGGUGAACCUGGGGUCCCAGCUGGUCUCCGGGGAGGCUCGGAGUCCUACAGGAGCGUUGGAGGGUGACAGCGGGUGGAGGGGGCCUGGGUGGUAACUGUGUGGAAUGGGAAGGGGAGCCGGGGUGUUGGGCCAAGGCUCCGGGCUUAGCUCUGAGUGAUAACGGGGGGCGGGGCACCUCUGAGGGGGGCUGAGCCCGUCUUGACCCAGCGUCGCCAUCUGGGACUUUGUCUGUGGGGUCGCCAGGGCCCCAUAGAUGCUGGCUGUGCGUGUGAAGGCUGCCGGCCUGGCGGAGGGACCACCUCCCCUGGGAAGGGGGGUACCCCCACCCCCGGCCGGGCACCCCGGAUGCAUUCCUAGUACCCACCCCAAGGCUUGGCAGGGUGGCCGAAUAAAUUAUUUUUGUUAAGGCAAGGACUAAUGUG